GUAAAAACUGAAAUUAUUUUAUCUGUACAUGUAGGCUAUCUAUCACAUCUACUAUUUUUAUUGUUUUCUUAACUCAUUUUUACAUACUAUUUAUAAUUUAAUUGGCCUGGUGAAGUGAAAUAUAACAAUUAUUAUAAAACAUCUUUUAAAACCAAAUAGAAAAAAACAUGGCAGUGGAGAAGAAGAGAGAUAGCAGCCAAGAACCAACGCCAGGGUGCAGCACUGCAUACUCUACAACCAAUGACGAUGAUGAAAAUGAUGAUGGCCAACAAUGUGUUGGAUAUUUUUGUGAAACCCUUAUCAAAGAGGAUGUUGAACAAGAGGCAGGAGGAUGUUCAGUGGAGAGUGAACCGGAGAUAAGGCCUUCAAACUGCAGCACAUCUGAAACUGCCAAUGCAACAGAAGUGGGUGGACUGAAUGCACAUUCAAUCUUUCCCAUGGAAGAGUGCACUGAGCCAUCUGUGGCUGGCAAAGAGACCAAGCUCUACAGCUGUACGGACUGCAGCUAUAAAACUCCCUGGAUCCAAGGUUUCAAGAGACACAUGAGAAAACACACUGGUAACAAGCCUUUCAGUUGUGAUUUUUGUGAAUAUAAAUGUUCUGAAUCAUGUACUUUGAAAGUGCACCUCAGAACACAUACAGGAGAAAAACCAUACAGCUGCAAAUUUUGUGACUACAAAAGCAAGCGAUCAAGUGAUUUGAAAGGACAUAUUAGAACACAUGCAGGAGAAACACUUCUUAGCUGUAAACUGUGUGACUAUAAAUGUGCUCAUACAAGCUCUUUAAGAAUACAUAUCAAAACACACACAGGAGAAACACCGUUCAGCUGCAAAUAUUGUGACAAUAGAUUUGCUCGAUCAAGUGAUCUGAGAGCACAUAUCAGAACACAUACAGGAAAAGAACCUUUCAGCUGCACACUUUGUGACUAUAAAUGUUCUUCUUCAAGUGUUUUGAAAGCUCAUAUCAGAACACAUACAGGAGAAACACCUUUCAGCUGCGAGCUUUGUGACUUUAAAUGUGCUCAGUUAAGUAAUUUAAAAAGACAUGUCAGAACACAUACCAAAGAAAAACCUUUCAGCUGCGAAUUUUGUCACUAUAAAUGUGCUAGUUCAAGUAAUUUGAAAAUACAUAUCAGAACACAUACUGGAGAAAUACCUUUCAGCUGCCAAUUCUGUGACUAUAAAUGUGCUCGUUCAUGUUAUUUGAAAGUACAUCUUAGAACACGUCAUACAGGAGAAACAACUUCUAGCUGAGACUUCAUAAUAGGACACUCAUACUAGAUAAAUCUAAAUUUGAAGGUUCAGUAUUCAGAAUAUAGGGCCAUGUAAUGAAAAACCUCUGCAUUUUUGGCUUUAAAUAUCGGGGCACCGAGCAUUGCUCGUCAUUCAUUUAUUGAUAAACAGAGCACAAUAAUUAUUCAAAAUGAUUGGGGAAGGACUAACAGGUACAGCCCAAAACUGUUUCUUCCCCGAAUUUCGAUUUAACACUAUAAAUGGUCCAAAAAUUAGGUUAUGUUUCAUAAACUUGAAUUCAGGUCCAAUUUUCAGUCAAAAUAUUUAAAAACAGAAAAGUUCUAAUUUAGAUUGUUUACAAACCAAAUUGAAUAACAAAAUAACACUCACUAAUCACUUAAAACUGUAAAAUAAUGAUUCUUUGAAUAUUAUGAUAUACUCUAAUUUAAAGUGAUAAACCA